UGGUCUUCCCAACAGGGACGAGUCAGGACCAAGACGGUAAAAAAGGCCGCCAGGGUCAUCAUUGAGAAGUACUACACCCGGCUGGGCAGUGACUUCCACGUCAACAAGAGGGUAUGUGAGGAGAUAGCCAUCAUCCCCAGCAAGAAGCUGCGCAACAAGAUCUCUGGGUAUGUGACCCAUCUGAUGAAGCGUAUCCAGAGGGGCCCCGUCAGAGGCAUCUCCAUCAAGCUGCAGGAGGAGGAGAGGGAGAGGAGGGACAACUAUGUCCCAGAGGUGUCUGCUCUGGACCAGGAGAUCAUCGAGGUGGAUCCCGACACCAAGGAGAUGCUGAAGCUGUUGGACUUCGGCAACCUGUCGAACUUGCAGGUCACCCAGCCUACCGUUGGAAUGAACUUCAAAACACCCAGGGGAGUCUAGACAUGUUUCAUAUCGCUGUCAAUAAAGACAAGUGGAAAGGAAA